GCAAGUUGUGAAAGUUUUGACCAUUCUUCACACGACUUUCUUUCUGAUCUCUUCCGGACGUUAAAAUGGGAGCUUCUCAGUCUGGACGAGUGCAUAUGUUCCAAGAUCUGGCUGAUAAAACUGGCUUUUCCAUAGAGCAGAUAAAUAACCUCCAUAACAGAUUUAUGUACCUGACUCAAGAUGAAGACACUUUAAGACGUGAACACCUUGAGAAUAUUAGCAACUUGGCCCUCAACCCAAUCCGAAGACAGAUCAUUGAGGCCUUCUUUGAUAAAAGGAACUUGGGUGAAAAAGAGAAGGGCUGUCUGCAGGAGAUCGGUUUUCAGGAAUUCGUUACUGUCCUGUCCUUCUUCAGACCACCCAAACCACGCACUGCUGACGAGGAGAUGAAAAACAUCAAGAAGGAGAAACUACGUUUUCUAUUCAACAUGCAUGACACUGACAAUGAUGGCGUCAUCACGCUGGACGAAUACAGACGUGUGGUGGAGGAGCUGCUGUCCAGCUAUGAAACCAUAGGAGCAGAAACCGCCAAAGCCAUUUCAGAUGCUGCAAUGCUGGAGGUGGCGAGUGUCACCGUGGGUCAGAUGGGUCCUGAUGAAUUUUAUGAGGGAAUCACCUUUGAACAGUUCAUGCAGAUAUUGAAAAGUUUAGAGAUCGAGACCAAGAUGAAUAUUCACUUCUGGAACUUGGACACCAGGACGAUGCCAUGUGGGAAAUGAGAGUCAUUUCCGCUUCACAGCAGCACUUAAUUUUCAGCACAGUCUUUAUUUUAGACCUAAAACAUGUCAAAUUCGUCUCGUGGGUUCAACUCUUAGUAUUGAAUGCUUAAGAUAUGGAGGCAGUGAACAAAGUAUUUCUAUGUAUUUGCAAGACAUUUAUCAGCCACAUGAAGCCUGGCUAUUUUUGUGACUUCAUAUAUUUACAUAUGUACAAUGCAAGGCAUUUUGAUUCAUACAUACUUUCAGAUGCUAUGUAUACUGUGGAAUUGAGCCGUGUGAUCACAAAUUUCCCUUCUGAGCAAAGUGCUCAUUUUAUAAUGGAGGAAGUCUUUACAAAAUCAACAAUCAAACCAGUGCUGAAACAUUCCACACCCAAAGUUCAUCUGGCUUCCUUCCACCAAAGUUAUAUAUUAAUAUUUAUUACAGGGGUGUGUAUAGUUUUUAUAGCAACCGCAUUUACUGUAGGAUAUUAAAGUAUGAUAAUUGUGUAUAUUAUUGUUAAUUGAAACUCUUAGCACGAACACUAAUCCGUUUCUUUAUACUGAAAUGAAUAAAAAUCAUAGUUUUAAAAGCAUUUUUUC